CCUCAUAAUUGAAAGACUAUCCCAGAAAUAGUAUAAAAGGAGAAGGCACCCAAUGUUCUUCCAACAUCAUCACUCAAUUGCCAUCCUUCAGAAAUCCAAAUCCAAAUCCUCUUUCAGGCAAGAUGAGCUCCUUCAAGUACCAAUCCUACUGUGACCCAUGUGAUUACAGACCCAUCUCCUCCAGCAGCUGCUAUGGAGGCUUCGGGCGUGGAUCUGGCUACAGCUCUGGAAAAUCCUAUGGAGGCUUUGGCAGCAGAAUUCGCUAUAGCUCAGGGAGCUGCUAUGGAGGCUACAAGCUAGGAGGUUAUGGGCAGGGCAACAGCUGCAUAUCAUCUGGCUAUGGAAGUGGUUAUGGCAGCGGGGGUUAUGGCAGUGGGGGUUAUGGCAGCCAGGGCUAUGGAGGUGGCUGUUACCAGCCAAUAAGCUAUGGUGGCUGGAGUGGCAUCCAAGGAUAUGGACGUGGUUGUUACCAGCCAAUAAGCUAUGGUGGCUGGAGUGGCAGCCAAGGAUCUGGGCGUGUUUGUUACCAGCCAAUAAGCUAUGGCUAUGGAAGUGGUUAUGGCAGCGGGGGUUAUGGCAGCGGGGGUUAUGGCAGCCAGGGCUAUGGAGGUGGUUGUUACCAGCCAAUAAGCUAUGGUGGCUGGAGUGGCAGCCAAGGAUAUGGGCGUGGUUGCUACCAGCCAAUUUCCUAUGGUGGCUAUGGCGAUGGCGGGUAUGGUUAUGGCAGCUCUGGUUAUGGUGGCCGCUCUAGCUGCUAUCAGCCAUGCUAUAGUUAUGACAGCAUCUGUGGACCCUGCUAAGCCCUGGAGAGGACUUCGAAUGGCACGUGAGGAGCCAAGAAGUGCGGAUGCAACAAAUGCACAACUAAGCUUGCCAGGCAUGGGUUUCAGAAACGUCGAACCCUUGAGAAUCCUCGCAGGAAUUGGUGGACCCUCAGCACUUCUGUAAACCAAUCCUGCACCUGCUUCAAUCAAACUGCCCUCUGCCUGCAACAAAUGAUUGUUUCUCUAAAGGCAGGCCCAGUGAUUUCUGCCUUUUGCUCUUAUAUUUCCUAAGCUUGACAAUAGAGACGUCUAAUGUUUUACUCAGAUCAAACCUGAACGUUUUGACAUGAAACAGCCUGGUUUCUGCUCCCAAAUUCAAACAAGCAAAAAUCAAACAAACAAAUAAAAGCUUGCUUUGCAUCAUAA